GCUGGAUCCCUGCCCCAUCGGUGCCGUGUCCCGCAGGCAGGCGCGCCUCAAGGGCCCCUUCCGUGAGUCCUACCUGUCCCCGGCGCAGUCGGUGAAGCCCCAGAUCGAUUCCCAGGAGAAGCUGCCCCGGGACAAGCUCAACCCCCCCACCCCCAGCAUCUACCUGGAGAGCAAACGCGACGCCUUCUCCCCUGUCCUGCUGCAGUUCUGCACCGACCCCAAGAACCCCAUCACCGUCAUCAGGGGCCUGGCGGGGUCCCUGCGCCUCAACCUGGGGCUGUUCAGCACCAAGACCCUGGUGCAGGCCAGCGGGGAGCACGCCGUGGAGGUGCGCACCCAGGUCCAGCAGCCCUCGGACCAGAACUGGGACCUCUCGGGCACCCGGCAGGUGUGGCCCUGCGCCAGCAGCCGCUCACACACCACCAUCGCCAAGUACGCCCAGUACCAGGCCUCCUCCUUCCAGGAGGCUCUGCAG